AUGUCACUUCUUGAGGAGCUCAAGGGGGCAUUUUCUGCCCAAAAGAAUCACCAAGGUGACAAUUUUAUAUCUUACAAGAAUGCUAGACAGAUCGUGACUCAAGCUCGAAUACAUGAGUGGAGCAAAGCCCAUCCAUUAUGCGAAGAGCAUGGUCAUCCAUGCCCUCAGAGGUCUGAUCUAGUCCUACAAAUCCAACGGGGAAGGAUUUUCAUCUUUGUCAUCAUUGUCUUUGCCAAUCUCGAAUUCUUAACCAAGAGGGUCCUCGCAAGCCACCCAAAUGACGCAUGGCUAUUUGACAACCCGCAUUUCGAGCGCCUCUGCCAUGAUGCAGGGCUGAACAGCGAACAGAAAGAGAAAAUGAGUGAUUGCCGCCGCUGGGUUGGAGCAAUAUUGGCAGAUCGUGUCUCUAUCGAUAUUCCAAGGGGCGUUGUACUGCCAUUUCUCGAGCGAAAGAGUCUCAACCUAUGGGGAUCGUAUGGUCUGCUAUUUCAGGUGAAGAUCGCCGGCCAACAUCACCGAAAUUAUAGCCACGAUACUAUUGUUGCUGAGAAAUAUAUCCGACCAUCAAGUGACGCCACUCAGGCUGAUUGGGAACGCCUCUUUCGCGAGGUCCAGACGCUUCAAAAGCGGAGAAAUCAUCCCAACAUUAUUCCUUUACUUGCGUCAUACACGACCGAUACCGCCGAAUCUGGACUCUACGUUAAGACUUUACACCUGCUCUUUCCGUUGGCGGAGAUGGAUCUGGCAGAUUGGAUGACUAGAUCUCAAAGUCCAGAAAGCAUCGUAGAUGAUGGAGAAAUUGCAGCACACCUUUAUCGCUCUAUAUAUGGGCUCGUUUCCAGUGUCGCCUAUCUACACAAGGAUAUUGAUGGUAAAGCUACGGCGCAUCAUGAUCUAAAACCUCGCAACGUUCUAGUGGUCGAUGGCAUUCUGAAGCUUGCUGACUUUGGUCACUCGCAUCUUCGGCCACUCAUCGAAGGAUCGGCCACCGAAGCUACUACUGGGCUAGGGACAUACGAGUACCAGCCACCUGAAUAUUGGAAUGAAGAUGGUUCACGAGCCGAGAUAAAUCACGGGAGGGCAUUCGAUAUAUGGUCAUUGGGCUGCAUUAUAAUCGAAUUGGCGAUCCUGAUCGUUCACCACUGGCGUCCACAAAUGGUCAACAAAUUUAGGGAGGAGAGAAAGGCAAACCCGAACAAAGAUCGAAGAAGCCCUAGGUCGGUUCCAGCAGAAUCCGACAUUUCUUUUCAUAACAACACAGCUGUGGUCAAAGAUUGGCUAAAGCGAUUGAAAGAUCAUGGGCGAAGCCAGCAGUUGGACAAAAUUUUGGGAAUCGCUGCCGAAAUGCUUGCUAUAGAGCCCAAGGACCGCCCAUACACGUGGGAAAUCCAAAUGGAUCUGUAUGACAUUCUAAAGCCUUCGGACGACAAAAUUCCUGAGCUAAAAGACGACCUAUGCCUCCGACCACCUUUCAAAGACCAGCAUAAUCCCGUAUACAGCUGGCGAAUGACAUACAAUCUGCGACCAGACAUUCAAGAGUAUACGGAUACACCAUUGCACCGAGCGGCGAGAAAGAACAAUAGAAGGCGGAUAAUCCGGCUUUGGGAACUUGGCUGGCCCAUUUCACUCCCGAAUUCAGAUCGACACACACCGAGAGACAUCAUGAAACGGAGUAACAACGUUGAAGUUCAGAAGCUCGAGGAAGACGUGACACGGAUGUUACAAGCUGCAAGAUCUGGAGACAUCGAAGAGAUCAAAAAGCUAUUCAGCAAGGGUAUGAGCCCGUUGCUAGUCAAUGCAAAUGGACUGUCAGCUCUUCAUGAAGCAAUAAGUUAUUCUCAAAUCAGAGUAAUUGAAUGGCUCUUAGAGAGCAAAGCAAAAGAACAAAUUGAAGUGUGGCAUGAGAGACACGGCAUUCUAGAGCUUCCGUUACAUAAAGCUGCAAGGAUUGGCUUCACGCAGGCUCUGGACCGACUUCUAAAAUACUAUCCGGAUAUUAACAUUUCCAAGGAUAGCUAUGACACAGCACUCUUCUAUGCCACCAGAUAUGGACACCCUGAUGCGGUAAGAAUACUGCUUGAGAACGGAGCUCUUGUGCUCACCCCAAUUCUUCGAAAGCUCUCAUCGGGAGAGACGCCUCUACACGCUGCCCCGGAAUGUGGUGAUCUCGAUAGCAGCUCUGAAAUCAUGCAACGCCUCUUGAACGCCGAUGACGGGCACGACUGUAUGGAACGUAUCGAUGGAUGGGGCAUGACGCCCUUGUUACGAGCGGUGGAAGUGGGAAAUCUCAAGUGCGUCGAGAUUCUGAUUCAACAGGGAGCUUCGAUCCACGCGGUCAAGAGCAACGGAUUCAGUUUUUUGCAUAUGGCGGCGAUGACGGGCCGGCACCAAAUUCUUUCAUUAUGCAUCAAUGGAUUUUCUCUGAGUGAGCUCGAAGGCGGCGAACACCAAUUCAGUCCGCUAGAGACAGCGGAAGAAGCUGGACACAAAGAAGUAGCAAAGAUGUUGAAGAGCCGUAUUCAUAAGCUUGGACGAGAAGAGAGUGGGAGUCUUAAAAUCAUGGCAUCAAUUCGAAAGGGAUUCCAAGGAUUCAAGGGCCGAUAG